AUGGCUGCUGCUGUGAUCUCAACGACGUUAUUUGGUUGUGUUGGAUGCCAAGCGGGAAUCGAAUAUUUGCAAACAUAUGUAAAAAACAGUCUAAACCUCAUCACAUUCUCUUCAUUCAUCUUCACAGCCACUUAUGGAUUAAUAUUUCACUCGAAAUUCUUCACAGUGCCAAAUCAAAUUCCAAUUCGAUCGUAUGCAAAAAUAGUGGCGAUAUUCUUCACAGUCAACAUGGCCAACAAUUUAGCACUGAAAUUUGCAAUAUAUUUUCCACUUUUCAUCAUUUUCAAAUCGGGUACACUGCUGACAAACAUGACGAUGGGAUGGAUUAUACGAAGUUAUCGAUAUAAUUUGAAACAGAUUAUAGCAGUUGUCGUCGUCACUGCUGGAAUUGUCAUUUUCACUUUGGCUAGUUAUGAACCGGGAGCUGAUAUUAAUAUUCGUUCUGGAAUCGACUCAAACUCAUGGCUCAUUCCCGUUCCUCCAUUCGUCGUUGGAAUAGCUCUUCUCUCAUUUUCACUGAUUCUCAGUGCAUAUUUGGGAUUAUAUCAGGAGACAUUCUAUCAGAAACAUGGAAAACAUAAUGAGGAGAUGAUGUUCUAUGUGCAUUUUCUCUCAAUCCCUGCCUUCGCUCUCGUCGGAGAUGAGAUGACACCAGCAUUCCACGCCGCUAACGAGACUCCAUCGUUCGUUUUGGCUGGAAUCGAUACGAUAAUUCCAUCGGCAUGGAUUUAUAUUUUUGCGAUUUGUCUCUUUCAAUUCGGAUGCACAAAGGGUGUCUACAUGCUCUCCGCCGUGACGACAUCUCUCAACGUGACGAUGGUCCUGACUCUUCGCAAAUUCUUCUCACUUCUAAUCUCAUUCUUCGUAUUUGAAAACGCAUUCAACAUGUUUCAUAUCAUCGGCGCCGCUUUUGUUUUCAUCGGAACUUUUCUGUUUUCUGUGUCAUUUUCUCGAUUUUAA